CACGCCCUCUACGGUCCAGACCCUCUGUGGCCUCGCUGGACCCGGAAGCAGGGGCUGCCUGUGAUGAAGAAGGAGCUGGUGCCUGCAGCCCACAACGUUCCAGGCGGUAUCGUCGGGCGUGGGCCGGAGGGGUGGGGUUAAAACAAGGGACUUUUUGGCGGCGCGGAGGGAGACUGGGCGGUGUUGCUCUUCCUCCAUUUUUGGUCCAGCUCAGCUUCCAGCUCUGCACGAAAGUGUCGCACCGGCGCGAUGGAUGAGGAGUACGAUGUGAUAGUGCUCGGUACCGGCCUGACGGAAUGUAUCCUGUCUGGGAUCAUGUCAGUGAAUGGGAAAAAGGUUCUUCAUAUGGACCGGAACCCAUACUAUGGAGGAGAGAGUUCAUCCAUCACUCCACUGGAAGAGCUCUAUAAACGAUUUGACAUGGCUGAUGGCCCCGCAGAGAGCAUGGGAAGGGGACGAGACUGGAAUGUGGAUCUAAUCCCUAAAUUCCUCAUGGCUAAUGGUCAGCUUGUGAAAAUGCUGCUCUACACAGAAGUUACCCGUUACCUGGACUUCAAGGUUAUAGAAGGAAGCUUUGUAUAUAAAGGUGGAAAGAUCUACAAGGUGCCAUCUACCGAGACAGAAGCACUUGCAUCUAAUCUCAUGGGGAUGUUUGAGAAGCGACGGUUCCGUAAAUUCUUGGUAUUUGUAGCCAAUUUUGAUGAGAAUGAUCCGAAGACAUUUGAAGGGGUGGAUCCAAUGGACACAAACAUGCGUGAUGUAUACAAGAAGUUUGAUUUGGGACAAGAUGUCAUUGACUUCACUGGCCACGCCCUGGCACUCUACAGAACUGAUGACUAUUUGGACCAACCCUGCCUAGAAACUAUCAAUCGCAUUAAGCUUUACAGCGAGUCUUUGGCAAGAUAUGGCAAGAGUCCAUACUUGUACCCUCUGUACGGGCUAGGGGAGCUGCCCCAGGGCUUUGCCAGGUUAAGUGCAAUAUAUGGAGGAACCUACAUGCUGAACAAAUCUGUGGAUGAGAUUGUCAUGGAGAAAGGCACAGUGGUUGGUGUGAAGUCUGAGGGAGAGGUGGCACGAUGCAAGCAGCUGAUCUGUGACCCCAGUUAUGUUCCUGAUCGAGUGCACAAGGCAGGCCAGGUCAUCCGCGUCAUCUGCAUCUUGAACCAUCCCAUUAAGAAUACGAAUGAUGCAAACUCUUGCCAAAUUAUUAUCCCCCAGAACCAGGUCAACAGAAAAUCAGAUAUUUACGUGUGCAUGAUCUCCUACGCACACAAUGUAGCCGCUCAGGGCAAGUACAUUGCUAUUGUCAGCACCACGGUGGAGACUGCAGAGCCAGAGAAAGAGAUUGAACCAGCACUGGAACUCCUGGAGCCCAUUGAUCAGAAAUUUGUGGCCAUCAGUGAUCUGUAUGAAUGUAUAGAGGAUGGGACAGAAAGCCAAAUUUUCUGCUCCCGCUCCUAUGAUGCCACCACACACUUUGAGACCACGUGUAAUGACAUCAAGGACAUCUACAAGAGGAUGACUGGCACACACUUUGACUUUGAGAACAUGAAACGCAAACAGAAUGAUGUUUUUGGGGAGGAUGAGCAGUGAGAAGAUGAUGUAGGGGUGGGUCAAUCAGUUGGAGAGAGUCAGAUGGGGGACAGAUGGGGGACAGUACAGGGGACUGGUUGGAGAUGGGGGACAAGAGAACUCAGCAAAGAGAAUCCAUAUAUUUGGGCUGGGGGGGAAGGAGGAAUUUUGAGGGGGUGGAGGGUAAAGAAAGCACCAGCUGGUAGGAAGGGGCAAGAUCAGUUCUAGGGGAUUGCUAAUGCUUCCAUGUUGUUUUUUAUUCAUCAUAAUCUCAGUUUCACUUCUUAAGCCUCAUGCUCUUGGUGUCCUGAUGUUGGCACAACUCUACUGCUGCCACUCUAGCAUUGACAAUACAAAAAGAUGAGGUGUCUGAGAAAUGAACCUGCCCACCUUCAUUAAUGUCUAUGUCCUGAGCCCAUUCCUCAGUGCCACCUCUUUGCCCUGUGCCCACAGACUGGCAGAGAACACUAUAUAAUAAUAUAUAUAUAUAUAUAUAUAUAUAUAUCCUGAGCUGGGUAAGACUCUCAUGUCCUCAUGCCAGCUCUUUUCCCAAUGCCCACAGACUGGCAGAGAACACUAUAUCAUGUUAAGCCUUUUUGUUGUUAAUUGUGACUAAAGUUAAACUGAAAUCCCCUUUACUCGUAACUAAUUUAUUGAAUUAAUUUAUUAGAGUAAAUGGGAGUGUAGAAAGGCCGUUAGAUUGGAGGAGAGGAGCAGACGUGGCAGAUGAGAUUGAUUUUCUACUUGCUGUUAUUCCAGUUUGCAUUGUGAUUCAUUCCUCUCAUUCUCUGUAUUGUCCAUCCCUCUGAGGAUCUCUGCAGUUACAUAUUCAUUUGUGUAUUUGGCAAAACCAUCAUAAUGUUACAAAAUGGCAA